GGUGUUUACUCCAUCCCGGUUUGUACCGAACCUGAACCUGUAGGGUGCUAGGAACAAGCUUUGGAGAGCUUUGCUUCUGGUCCACACUAUUUAGUCACAUCAGUAAUGACUUGAGUCACAUCUUUUGAGGCAUUUUUAACAAUAUAUAAAUGUUCUAACUUCAAUACAAGCUCUUCAUUUAACUAAGCAAUGCAAUGCUGUCACAAACUUGGUCACAUAUCACUUUAUAUUACAUGAACUUGUUUGGUUAGGCGAGUUGUAGUAUAUUACUAUGUAGAUAAUUUAGACAGGGGGCAUGGAGAUUGGGGUGACAGCAUUGGGCCAGUAACCAAAAGGUUGCAGGUUCAAAUCCUUGAGCUGACAAGGUGAGCUGACAAAGCUGCCCCCUGAACAAGGCAGUUAACUCACUGUUCCUAGGCCGUCAUUGAAAAUAAGGAUUUGUUCUUUAACUGACUUGGCCGAGUUAAAUAAAGGUUAAAUUAAAUGUCAGACUUGCUGCUUGGCCAUCCACAGCCCGUAGCCAUGGAAACCACUCAAUAACGCCACGUAGCCUCUAGUGGGCUUUCUCAAGCUCUCCGCUGCUUAGGUUUUUUUUAAUUCGUAUUUUUUUGUCGUUGUUGUUGAUAACAUGGCUAAUUUAUUUAGUUAGUUUUCUGAGUUUUGUAGUAAUCGGUGCGUCGUAUUAGCGUGAUGCACCCCACAGCCAGCCCGAAGGUGAUGAGACGAGCGGCUUCUCUCGGCACCGCCGGGGACUUGGGCCGCUAUGGACCGCUCUCCGGUCGUCGUGGUCCGGGGUUACAAAUACCGGGAGGAAGGCUGGCCGGAGUCAAGCCGAUUCAUGUCCAUACAUUAAGGAGAAAAUGCCCUCUGAGCGACUCCAGGGACCGAAAGGAUUCCACCUGGAAUGUGGAGGGGUCUACUUCCUCCUUCCUGGGCAGAGAGGCGUCUCCGUUGUCCCGGCUGGGCACCUCCGAUAAUAACUACCCAGAGAAAGACAUCUCUGAGAGACACUUUCGGUUGGAUAAGACAUGGAAGAAUGACAGCAGGAUGUAUCCCAAGUGUGAUUUCCGAGAUGAGCGUCCCAUGAAGCCUAGCGGCUCCAUCCCUCCCCUGCCCAGAGACUACCAGAUCCACCGGUCGGGCCACCUCCACCACUAUACCCUCCACAAGGAGCUUUCCCAUGCCCCUGCUCGCCCCUGCGCCUUUGGCUCUUAUGACCUGGCGUCAGUUCCUGCCAUCCUGCUGCCAGCUGCAGCCUCGCUCAAUGGAAGAAACCCCUUCUCUACAGAAGUCUACAAGAACAGACCAAGAGUAAAUAACAGAACCUGCGGUCUUUUCACAAUAGGAGCUAAUCAGAAAUCCCAGUCGUACCCAGACCCGGUAAGCGGAGCCCCGUCAGCCUCAAUCAUCCAGAGACUGUCUGAGAUCGCUUCUCUGGAGGGAGAGACGGUCAGGCAGGAGAAGAUCAAGAAGAUUAAGAAGAACAGGAGACAGGACUCCUGACACAACCUGUCUAUCAGCCAAUCAGAGAGCAGAGGUCACAGUUCAAGGCUGUGACCCCAUACGCAGUGCCAAUGCCGCCUGAACAAAGAAAACACUUAGGGAAAUAUAAACCUUUUUCUUGUUUAAAUAUAAUCUGACUUUGUAAAAGCUUGUUGGUGCUAUGUAAUAGCAAAGUGUAAUUCAAUAUUUUGACUUGUACUACUGUUCAAAAUUUGGGGUCACUUAGACUUGUCCUUGUUUUUUAAAAGAAAAUCACAUUUUUUUUUGUCCAUUAAAAUAAUAUAUAAUAAUAAUAUA